AUGGUCUAUGUUGACAUCAACUGCUACGGGCCGGAUGGGUACCACGCCGAGAGACCUGGGUACCAGCAGAUCGCCGACUGCGCUUCAGGGUGCAGCUAUGUGAAUGGCAAAGCAUACGGCUUGGAAGAAGGCACUGCGGUGUUACCGUCGCUGCCUAUCGCAGACAUGCUGACCAGUGCUGUGGGCGUACUAGUGACCCUACUAGCAAUCAGAGACCGCACUACGGUCGGCGGGGCAUAUCACUCCCACGUGGCACUUGUCUCUCUUGAUACUGCGCAACUUGAGCCCGAGGUGGGUCUGUACCCGCCGCAGAUUGUCAAGCAGGUGCAAGACAAGUAUCAAUGGGCGCCGAUGAGACCGCAUCAUAUGGUUACAGAUCUGCUUGAUAUCAUGAUUGCCGGCUGGAGGCAGAAUUGUGAUGUGUUGGAUCGGAGGGAAUACUACUCGGAGUUUGAGACGAUGUUUGGUAAGAGUCAUAAGAUACUGAACUUGCCGUUCAAGUUUGAGAGUAAGGAGGCCUCUUCAAGGUGGACGCAUGGGCCAGUGCCGAAUGGUGGGCAUCCAGGACAGCUGCAGUGGCUGCCUGUGUCAUAG